GGCUAGCUGAUGUGGCGCGACCUGAUUGGUCCACGUCAGCUAGCCGUUGCUGGUUCAAAAUUUCAGCUCCACCCCUAUAAAUACCCCCAUUUGUUUCACUCACACUCCACACCCAUCUCAUCUCCAUUCAUCACCUUCCCUCUCUCAACUUCUCCACCAUGUCCGGUUGGACUCCACCAGAUUGCACCACGUUCACGGAUCUGAUGCUAGACGGGUCACCAAUAGACCUCGAAGGUGUCUCUCCGACACAUCGUCGCACCAAUGUAGCUUCUUCGCCGAUUCCCCGAGUUUUAUGGUCCCCCGGCGCACCACCUCCGGGGCCAUAUGGCCCAUACGCUCCACCUCCGGCGCCUCCGGGGCCAUAUGGUUCAUUUCUUCCGCCUCCGUAUCCAUACCCCCAAGCACCUCAAAAUGCUCCACCUGUAGGUAGCGGGAGUGGCACUGUACCCCCGUACCCACCACCUUCGUACGGGUCAUACCCUCCACCUCCGUAUCCAUACGCGCCAUAUGGUCCGUACCCCCCACCACCUUCCGAAGCUCCAAGCUCCGAGUCCAAUGCCGCGGAAACAAUCGUACCACCGCGUGCAAAGAGGCUUGACUGGACUGUCCAGGAAGAGGAGAAACUGGUUAAUGCUUGGCUUUUUAACUCCAAGGACUCUGUUGCCGGUAAUUGCAAGACCGGCACUAGUUUUUGGGGUGGGAUAGCUGCAACCUUCAACGCUACCGCGGAUCCUUCCCGUCAUCGGACCUCGAAGCAGCUGAAGGAUCAUUGGAACGCCUACAACAAGGAGGUGUCCCUGUUCAAUGCAUACCACAUCCAAGAAACAAAUAUGCGUCAGAGUGGAGCAGACGAUGAUAUGGUCAUGAAGGCGGCAAUGGAGAGGUACGCCGCAGACAAAAGAGUGACGGGGCCGUUCAGAAAGCUCCACUGGUGGAAUGCUGUAAAAAAUGAAGCGAAGUGGAAAGGACAACAUGGUCCUGGUAGUGGAACCGACUCCAGUUCCAAGAGAAUCCGUCUAGGACCUUCUGGUGAGUUCAGCUCUAGCGACGCGACAGGCGACACGGAGGAAGAGCGUCCAAUGGGCCGCGAUAGGGCCAAGGCCGCGGUACGUAAGGGCAGGAGGAAGGGGAAGGAAACCUCAUCAAGCAGUGAGGUAGGAAGUAAAUCCUUCACGAUGAGUAACAUGAUGAAGAGUUUAGUGAAGGCUAAGCUAUUCAAGCAAUGGAACAAAGUGAAAGACCGAUCAACCGUCGACAUGAACGAAGCAGAAAAGCGCAAACAUGCGAAGGCCAUGAAGAUGCUGGAAAAAGAGCUUGGUCUGGAAGAUGAUGACGACGAGGAGGAGGAGCAGGAACAAGAGGAAGAAGAGUAGAAUAAAAUAUUUUUAUUUAUUAUGUAAUUUUUAAUAUUUAUUAUGCAAUUUAUUAACUAUUAUGUAAUCGGAAAUAUUUUAAGUUGAAUAAAAUAUUUUCUUGCAUUAUUUUGAAUGUCUAAACAAAAUCGAGUGAAAUAACUUAAUGUGGAAAAGAAAUGGUGAUGUGGAGGAGAGAGAAGUGAGAGUGGGGACUAUAGCCCAUGCAU